UGUGAGGGCACAUCCCGCGAGCGACGGCCCGGCGCGCAGACGGCCCAGGAAGGAGCAGGCGAGCGGGCUGCCGGGCUCGGGGGCUCUGGGGGCCGGGGCCGGGGCGGCGCGGCGCGGAGCGGCGGCCAGGACCGAGGCGGGGCCCGACAGGCACCAGGCGCGCCGGCCGGGCGGCGGGCAGAGCCGGCGGGGCGCAGCGCGGCCUGGCCGCGGUCCCGCGCGCGCCCAUGACGGCGGCGGUGCUCCGGGAGGGCGUGCUGGAGAAGCGCAGCGGCGGGCUGCUGCAGCAGUGGAAGCGCAAGCGCUGCGUGCUCACCGAGCGCGGGCUGCAGCUCUUCGAGGCCAAGGGCGCGGGCGGCCGGCCCAAGGAGCUCAGCUUCGCCCGCAUCAAGGCCGUGGAGUGCGUGGAGAGCACCGGCCGCCACACCUACUUCACGCUGGUGACCGAGGGCGGCGGCGAGAUCGACUUCCGCUGCCCGCCGGAGGACCCGGGCUGGAAUGCGCAGAUCACCCUCGGCCUGGUCAAGUUCAAGAACCAGCAGGCCAUCCAGACCGUGCGCGCCCGGCAGAGCCUCGGGGCCGGGGCGCUGGUGUCCUAGAGCGCGGGGCCGCGCCUGGCCUGCCCGAGGUCGUGUCAGCUUCUGGGCCCCCAUCGGUUCUCGGGGCGUGACUGCUCCUGACUGUGCUCCGGGUGGCGAGGCUGCAGCUGCGGACACCCCCGUGGAGGAGGCAUCGGAGUCACGGGUCAGCUGGAGCCAGCGAGGAGGGGGACGGCCACGGGGGAGGUGAGGAUGAGGAUUCGGCCCCAGGCGCUCAGGAUCUCAGGAUGUGCCCGUCCCAGGCCCAGCCUCUGAGCUCCAGCAAAGCCCCCACCUGCUACGGCCCUGCUGUCUACUCUGCAGUCUGUCCGCCUCAGGCUUGAUGCUGUGCCUGCAGGAGGACGGCCCCCCAGGAGCGCUGAGCCAGCACCUGAGGACCCGAGAGGCCCGCCUAGGGACCACGAGACGAACCCCCGGGCUCAGCUCUGGAUUCACCUCAGUGGGGGUAGCUGAUGGGCCUGAGGCCCACUCUUGGGGCCGUCUGCUGCUUGGGUCCUUUUCGGGACCCCCACCCCUCCAGGCCUCUCUUUGCACACUUCUUCCACGCUCCUGCCCAUCUUCCCCGCUCUGCCGUGCCAGGCCUGGAGGUGGUGGGGUGGGUAGAGGCUCAGCCAUUACCAUUUCACACCUGUCCCAGAAUCUGAUACCCUGCAGAGGGCAGUGACCACACUGUUCUUCAAGUGAGAGUCUUUCCCACAAAGACCUGGUAUUGGGAACAUCCCUCUCCUUGCCUCCACUUUCCCAAGCUAAACCCUAUCCUGAAAUCUCCAGCCUGGGGAGGCCGAGACCCUGCAGCCCAGAGAACACAGCCUCAGAGGUGCUGGCGGAGGGACCCUGGGGCCUGCACGGGCCACUUUGGCCUCUGCUGUCCUCCUGGGAGGCAGCCAUGUCUCCCCAGCGGGGCUCGUCCCUUCGUCACCCCCACACUUGGGCCUGCUCCGCUGAUAUCAUAAGUCUUCUGGUUUAAAAGGAAUCGUUUCGGCAGCAGAGAAACGGAGGUGGAGACAGCGCUGCCCUGAGUGACACAGAGACGGCCCGUUGGCUGACCCACGUCCGGCCUGCCCUGUUGCUGUGUGGCGGCUUCAGAGUCCGAUGGGGCGGGGAGGCUGAGUGUCCACCGCAGGAGUCUGGAAGCCGCUCCCAACCCUCCUGCUCCCCACAGGCUCCUCCUCCCGUCUGGUCACGACCCCUGUCCUUUGUCCCCAUCCCCCAGAGCCCUUUGCAGCUUCUCGCCUCUCCAAUAUGCUACCCUCGUGUUACAGUUGAAUAAGACCCUACAAGGCACAAAGGCACUCUUACAGGCGCCUCGUUUGUGCUCCCGUUAGGCUGUCCGCCCAGCCCGUGAUGCGGAUGAGCACCCCGCCUGGGCUGGCUCGCGCUGUGACCAGCCAGCACUCUGCCGUGAGACUGUGGAGGCCGACAGCUCUGUGUGUGGGUGGAGGGCGAGAGGCCUUGGUGUUGCCACUGGGUCCUGGACUCAGGGAAAGCUAUGUGAAAGUCUUGGCUUCAUUCUGCUGUAUCUUCUAAGAUAGAUCCUGGCUCUUUCCAGCAAACCGAGGGAGGUGUCCAGACACUCAGAAAUGGGAACGUGUUUGUGAGCAGAUGGGAUCAGGGUGUGGGACACGCUCGUCUAGCAAACACGAGCCUCUUGCAGGCAGGCCCAGGGGAAGUGGAGAUGGAGCACCUGGUCUGAGCGGAGUCCAGGGGGCAAGCGGUUGCUGCUGUGCCCUCGAGGGGCAGGUGCCACGGGGGGUGCCAUCCCGGGAGGCUGGCUGUGAAGGGUAGUGAGGGGCACAGCUGGUGGCAGGGGCCUUCAGCUCCUGGCCCUCUGCUCUUGGGGAACACCGCCCUGUCGGCUCCAAGUAGCCUUUGGUUCCUGUCCAAGCCCACUUGGGCUGCUCCCUUCGUAGGAGGUCCCGGCCCCUCUAAAGUGCGGCUGUGGGUCCCGGCUCGGAGUAUGCCGGCGCAGCUGGUGGGUGUCUGGAAGGGGAGAAGCACUAGGAACCCCGGAGGGGGUCUUCCUCAGACCUUGCUGGGGAAGAAGGCCCUCUCCCUGGGGUCAGGGGUACCCUCAUGCUCUGCCAGGGGGAGGAGCCUGGGCCCCGUGGCAACCCCCGGGGGUGCUCAGCUGCACCGCUGAUUGCUGAUGGGGUCCGGGGCCCCUGGCCGCACCCUACAGACAGGCACGGAGUGGAAAACCCUUGCUUACAGGAGGCCUGGGUGGGGCCCUUGCCAAUCUGCUUGCCCGGCCUCCCUGGCCUCCUCCCUGCCAACCCCUGAGUCAUCAGUGGGAAAGUGAGGCAGGGCGAGUCCUUGCAGGCGGGGGUGGGGGUGGCUCUGUUCAGGUGAGCAGGGUUGGGUGGAGGCUCAGACAAGAGCCAGCCUGUGGCGGGGACUAGGGGUGGCGCCUGGGAGCCUCGGAGCGGGCAUUGCGCCACGACCCGGAGGCCCUCUCGCAGAGCUAGGGGUGCAGAGGCACCUUGGCAGUGUGCCCACCAGGCCCGGUGCAGGGGCCCUGGCAGACCCUGGGCUGCUGGAGUGUACCGCCUGGGACGGCGGCUCACCCUCCCGACUGGAGCCUUCCCUGGUGCCCGGAGGAUGUCCUGGCCCCCGGGAGGCGCGCCCUCCACAGUCAGGCACCUCCUGUAUCCACCCCCAUGCCCCCAGCUGGGACCCCUGCUCAGGACAGGCCGGGGCCCUUGUACCCCCACUGCCCCCCGCCCUGGGGUCUCUCCCUGCUCCAUCCAGGCCGCCCUCCCUGCUCCUUGGCCACAUCCCCCCCGUCGCCGCUGGGGACGGCCAUUCCUGCCGUUCGUGCGCGCCGCGGAGUCCCUGGGACUCAGUAGGUGCCUUGUCAUCUUGACGGUGACUGAGCUGACUGACUCCACGGGCCCACGUCAGCGCAGGGGAGUCAUCCAGCCACGGAGGCUGUGGAUUCAGAAACAGGUUAUGUGACCUGCUAGGCAUCCCAGCGGCUCACCAGGGGCGGGCCCUGGAUGUGUGCCCUGAGUCCACGCCAGACGAGCCCUUCUUGUGGGGUUAGCAGGUGAGUGGCCUGGGAGAGGGGCUCGCAGGCUGGUGGCGAGGGUGAGAGCAGAGGCUGGGGGCUGAGAAGGGGCGUCAGGGGGCCUGUGUGGAGGGUGCUCGCAGACGGAGGCUGCAGCCAGGCCUUGCUGGGUCCAACUCCAGGAGGGGAUCAGCAAGGGGCCCCUCCACUUGGGAGGGUCUGUGUGAGCCUGCAGGGGCAGCCCUGGGCAGGACCCCCUGGGGCAGCAGAGGGGCCUGGGGCAGGGCAGCGCGCGUCCUGUGUUGGCUCCAAUGCUCUGUCUCACGACCUGGGCACAGGGCCCAUCUUGAGGGUGAGGCCUGGGCUCUGCUGAUGGACCCUGUGCUGCGCAGCCUGCUCCUGAGACCCACAGGGGGGCCACCUGCUGCAGGGGUGAGCGGGGACUCCUCUGGUUUCAGCACUGAAAGCUCUGUGUCCCCAGAACGCCCCGGGCCCUCUGGCCGUCAGUCACCUCCCUCCCGCACUGCCCAGGGUCAGGAAGCGCGGCCCCCCACCUUUCCUGAUUUCAGCUGUCAGGCCCGCCCUUGGUCCCCGCGGAGUCCUGGGCUGUGAGCUGCGGGGCAGGGGCCCAGGGCACUGUCACCCCAGCCCCGGCCAGCUGUGCGUCCUGCAUCCUCAGAACACACAGACUCCUGGCCGCGGGGAGGAGGGGUGUCCCCAGGCUGCCCAGCCAGCUCUGUCUCUGCUUCAGCAGCGCCGUGCCUGCCCCCCGGGUUCUGCCUCCCAGAGGUCAGGGGAUGCAGGGGAGGUGUGGCCAGGCAGAGGCGCCAGGGCUCGGCAAGGGGAGCUGGUGCAGAGCGCGGGCGCAGCAGGGAGGACCGAGGAGGUGCUGCUCCGGGCUGCUGGCCUGGCCCCGUUUCUUCCUCCAGGCAAGGGGGAGCCUCUGCAGAGCUGCUGUUCUUGCACGUAACCCUUUAUUUUAUCACAGACGUCCAUUCGCUGAGGCAAAUAUGAAAGGAUAGACAAUUAUGAAGAAGGAAACAUCACCGUGGUGUUUCCAUCCUUCAGAGAUCACCUUUGUUAGCGUUUCGCGGUAUUUCCCUUCCAUCUGCUCCUCUGUAAAUGUACGUGAUACUUAACUAUCACAUGGUUUGUAACAUGUAACUACUUUUCACACAGGGUCAUGCCAUGUGUACCCCGCAUCUUCAUUUUUAUGUAUAAUCCACUGUGUUACGAGGCCGUGAUGUUAAGUAUUUUAACGCCUGUGUGUUUAUCAUCUACUGUUUAUUUGCCAUCCAGCCCCUCCACGCCCUUUUAGUGUUUAUCUCUGUGUAUAUAAGGAUGCAAUGAACAUUUGCCUAUUUGAAUCUC